AUGGGAAGAAGAUGUAGCUGGAACAAGUUAGUGGACAAAUUCGAAGUGAAACUCUCAUCUUGGAAGGCCAAAUCUUUGUCGUUUGGUGGUAGGAAGAUUCUGUGUAAAUCGGUUCUUGGUAGCUUGGGAGUUUAUCUUUUCUCUUUGUUUAAAGUCCCGGAAUCUGUGCUUAACACACUUGAAAGCCUUAGGAACCAAUUCACUUGGGGCCGGACUGGACAGAGUAAGAAAAUUAUCUGGGUUAAGUGGAAAGUUACCUGUAAUAAAAUGGAUAAAGGUGGUAUUGGCAUCGGUAGUUUGAAGGCGCUUAAUUGGAGUCUUCUUGCAAAGUGGUGGUCGAGAUUUCUUAACGAAGAGGGUAGUGUCUGGAGAGAGAGUAUUAAGGCGUUUCAUGGUGAUAAAGGGGGUAUUUUAAGUGUCGGAUGUAAGAAACCGGGUGUAUGGGGAACUAUUUCUAAAUGGGACAUUCUCAUCCGGAAAGCUGAGUUGAAUGUUAACAACUUCUGGCCCGUUGAUACUAAUGGCAAUCGAAGAUGGAUUCUAUCCGAAGGCGGGGUAUUCUCGGUCAAGACGUGUCGGGGAAUGAUCGAGGAAGGUAUUUUACAAUCCGAUGGAAGCUUUACGAAGUGGAACAAAUUGGAACCCGCUAAAGUUAAUAUGCUUAUCUGGCGUCUUUCAAAGUCUAGACUUCCCACUAGAUAUAAUCUCUACUUAAAAGGUGUCCGGAUGAGUUCGGUUCUCUGUCCUUGCUGCCUUAGUCAUACUGAAACGGAAGCUCAUCUCUUGUUUGGAUGUUCGUCUACAAAGGUGAUCGGUGCUUACGUUAAGAAUUGGUGGUCGGGCUUUCCUUGUCAGGCUACCAAUUGGGCGGAAUUCUUCUCGGCAGCGCAAUUUCCUUUCAAAGGGAAGAGGGUUAAGGAGGUAUUGGAAGUAAUUCUCAUGGCGUUCAUUUGGAUGAUUUGGACGAAUCGGAAUGCGUUGGUCUUUAACAAACCCAUAAAAAUCCCGAUGGUGAUUUUCAAGGAUAUUGUGCUAUUUUCUUUUAAUUGGAUUAGAAUUAGAUCGAAGUCUUGUAAUGAUCUUGAUUGGAAUGCUUGGUGUAUCAGCCCUUUAUCGGCUUUGUUGUAA